AUGGCAGACCGCCUUCAUAGGAAUGGUGGUGAUGUACCACUGCGCAGAGAUGACAGUAGGGUUAUCUUGCAUUUUGAUUACGAUUGUUUCUACGCCUCAGUUUUUGAAGCAGAAAACCCUGCGUUGAAAUCACUUCCCCUAGCUGUCCAGCAGAAGCAGAUUGUUGUCACUUGCAACUAUGAAGCGCGCCGGCGCGGAUUACGCAAGCUGCAGCUGAUUAAGGAGGCGAAGAAAGUUUGCCCCGAUGUGGUUAUUGUGCCGGGCGAAGAUUUGACCAAAUUCCGUGAUGCGUCGAAGGAGAUUUAUAUGUUUUUAAAAGGGUUUGUAGGGGUGGGAAAGGGGUGGGGUGGGAGGGUGGAGAGGUUGGGAUUUGAUGAGGUGUUUCUGGACGUCACUUCUCUGAUAGACUACAAUGUUGAACUUCUCAACUACAACGAUCUAGGUAGUUCUUUUUUCCAUCUUGAUAAGACGGAUCCAACUCUGGGGUUUGCAUAUGAUGCACGUACAGUCUCGGGACCUACGUAUCCUCGCUCCCAGACCCCCCAUCAUCAGGAUACGGAUGGCUCAGCCCCAUGUGCCACAUCAUAUUCAACCACAGCCGGGGCGUUUCCAUCCAAAACUAAUAAUACCCAUAUCAGUAUUAAUGCACAAAAUAAAACAUUAUACCAACGGCUAAUCCUCGGCUCACACCUGGCCAGCUACAUCCGACACAAGCUUGAGCAACACAAAAGCUUCACAGCGACUGUUGGCAUCUCAACAUCCAAACUCCUAGCAAAACUUGCAGGAAACUUCCACAAGCCGAGGAACCAAACAACACUCCUACCUCCCUAUUCUGUUGCCAAUAAUGAUAGCAAUAAUUCCAAAACCAACACCGCAGCUACUGACGACGCAUCAGAAUCUGGCCAAGAGGCCCAAGGCAGUAACAUCACCCGCUUCCUAGAUGAUCAUGACAUCAGCGCAGUACCAGGCAUUGGUUUCAAAAUCGCCGAGAAGCUCCGCGCGCAUGUUCUAGGCCGUAAGCCGUUGGGAUCUGGCAUAUAUGACCUGCUCCCAAGCGAUGAUCGCGUCACAGUAAGGGAUGUCCGUUUAUAUCCGAACAUGGGCCCGCCGCUCCUGGAUGAGAUACUGCUGUCUUGUAACAGUAGUAGCAGCGGCGGCAGCGGAAGUUCGUUGCCCAGAGAUAUCGGACCAAAAAUAUGGGGUUUGAUUAAUGGAGUCGACCGUAGUCCUGUGGCGGAGGCUAGGGAUGUUCCCACGCAGAUUAGUAUUGAGGAUUCAUAUGGCCAUGGGCAGCUGGCCGGGCUUGAUGUGGUGAGGAAGGAGCUGCUGGCGUUGGCGAGGAGUCUUGUUCGGAGGAUGCUUGUGGAUUUGACUGAGGAGGAUGAGGAAGAAGAUGGUGACUGUGAUGGUGGUGGUGGUGGUGGUGAUGUUCAUGUUGACAUCCAAUCCACCGAUUUGCACCGCAAGGGCAAAAAGAAAGUAAAGAAGCGAUGGCUCGCGCAUCCGCGGACCCUUCGGCUUUCGACACAGACCCGUUCCCCGCCGCUCCCCGGUGGAAGUGUCGAUUUCAGCGCAGGGCGGGUUUCCAAGUCAUGUCCCAUGCCGUCAUUUAUUUUCUCUUUGCUUAAACUUAAUGGCCACACACAGGACGAUGGCAAUGGUACUGACAACGUCACUCUAGACACCGCCACUGAACGCCUUGUCAACGAAACUCUAUUCCCGCUCUUUCGCAGGUUGCAUCCUGAGAAGGACGUGAGGGGGUUGAAUAUACGUGUUGUGAAUGUUGCUGUGACGAAUAUGGGGAUGGUUGGGGGGUUAGGUGCAGAGAGGGGGAGUGUCGGGAGGGAUAUAGGGAAGAUGUUUAGGAGUCAGGAGAGGGUGUUGAAGGAGUGGAGGGUUGAGGAUGACGGUGGGAAGGGAGGGUGGGUGGCUGAUGUUGGAGUUGGUGCUUCUGCCAUUGAUGACGAGGGUGGCAGUGGAGAUGAAUGGGAUAGCGAUGAGGAUGAAGAAGUCAUGUUAGAUGUUAGUGGAGAUGUUCUGGUGGAUGAAUGUGCGAUUUGCGGUGCGCUGAUUCCGCAUUUCGCAAUCAAGGCUCAUGAGGUUUAUCAUACUACUUCUGAUUGA